AUGGCCAGUUCUGGCCCCAACACAAAUGGUUCCCAGUUUCUGCUCUGUCUGGGAAAGACAGAGUGGCUGGAUGGAAAAAAUGUUGUGCUUGGUUCUGUUGUUGAUGGCAUGACUGUUUUAGAACAAAUAAGGGCACGUUAUGGUACUAGGUAUGGGAAAACAUCUAAGAAAGUUGUAAUUGCUGACUGUGGUCAGUUAUAA